AUGGAACCGAAAAAGAUAAUGAAGAAAUAUAUAAAAUAUAGUACUUUCUUGCCAGACUUGCUGGGUUCUCUACCAACUGAUAUCAUGUUUAUUAAAACAUGGCAAGAGAAUACAGUCACACGUGAGCUGGUAUCUUUGAUGUGCGGAUUUCGUGUAUUUUCUCUCAGUUCCUACAUGUUAAAAAUUGCUCACGCAUACAACGUUCCAAUAACCCUUUAUGAAGUCUGCAUUGUGAUAUUCUGGCUAAUUAUAGCAUUUCAGUGGCAGAUUUGUCUUUACUGGCUAGUGCCAAUAGCAAUGACUUCCAUGCACCUACCGAAGCAACCAAGCGAUGACUACUGGAUAAAUGAAUUUAAUCUGUGGGAAGAAUCCAUAUGUUUUCAAUAUCUGCACAGUCUCUUACGUACUGUUUCCAUUUCUUUGUCGGCGGGGUUUUUACAUGAAAAACCAAAAACCAAUGCAGACCUCACACUGGUGAUCCUCUUACAAAUCUUGGGGAGUUUAAUUAUCUGGAUUCUCAUAGCUCGCGUGAACCAGUUCUACAAGGGCAUCAAUAGCUCUAAGAUAAAAUAUCAAAAUAUCAUGGCAGAAGUCAAACAGUAUAUGAAGCGUCGGCAACUACCGUACGUGACUCAACGUCGUAUCAUAAACUACUAUGAGUAUUGCUUUCAACAGCAAUAUUUUUCCGAAGCUGAGAUCCUCAAUAAUCUAUCCUCGGUUAUGCGCCAGGAAAUCGGGAUGCACGGUUGUCGCAAACUCGUAGAAAACGUUACGUUUUUCAACAACCUACCUCUCGCGUUAAUAACACGCAUUGUCGAUUUACUAAAAUCUGAAAUAUUUUUACCGAACGACAUAAUUGUACGGGUAAAUGAACCAGGUAAUUGCAUGUACUUCAUCGCCAGUGGUACAGUGGCUAUUUAUACAAUCACCGGAAAGGAAGUAUGUCACUUGGAGGAUGGCGCGUACUUUGGGGAGAUUGCGCUGAUGAUGCCAAACGAGCGAAGAGUAGCCAGUGUAGUCGCUGUUGAAAUCUGCGAGUUAUAUCGCCUAGAUCGUGCAGAUUUUGCCAGAACAGUUCAUCCCUAUCCUAUGCUGUGGGAGCAAGUCAAGAAAAUUGCUCUCGAAAGACAAGAGAGAACGUACAUACUGAAUAUGCAUUAA